UUUCGGAGGUUGGCUUGCCUCAGGGAUCCAAUAGGACGGGUUGGGGGGCGUGUGUGUGAUCUCCGAAGCUCCCGGGGAUUUCGGUCCCGAGGAUAAAUCCCUAAGGUGCACGCAGACUCUGUGCCCUGGGCACUAACCUGCGCGCCCUCGGGGGUCACGCGGAGCCGCGGGCGUGGGAGGAGGAGCGGCAGCCGUUUUCUCCCUCCGGCACGUGGGACGGGAGGAGCCUGUGGCAAACGCAGCCUCGGGCCGGACCCCUCCUGCCUCUCCGCGGCCGCUUGCCCAGUUCCACCCGCUGCAGGACGUUGGCAUCUUGGACAGCGCGGGGUCCGAACCGUCUAUGGUUUGCUGGCCCCGGCCUCUGCCUCAGUCUAGGAAAAGUCUUUGCUUCCCGUUCUCCCGCCUUUCUUCGAGUCUGUGGCCCGAGGCGCGGCGGAGCGUGCACCAUGCCGCCCACUCUGGAAGAACCGCGGCCGCCGGGAAAAAGAAUUCUGAAGAAUGAUAUUGAAGCCAUUUUGAAGGAGAAGAUCAUGGUAUUGGAUGGUGGUAUGGGGACCAUGAUCCAGAGGUAUACAUUGUCUGAAGAGGACUUCAGAGGACAGGACUUGAAAAACCAUGCCAAACCUUUGAAAGGCAACAAUGAUCUCUUAAGUAUAACGCAGCCUGAUAUUAUUUGCAAGAUCCAUAAGGAGUACUUGAUGGCUGGAGCAGAUAUUAUUGAAACAAAUACUUUUAGCAGCACUUGGGUUGCCCAGGCUGACUAUGGCCUUGAACACUUGGCUUAUCGGCUGAAUAAAUGUUCUGCAGAAGUGGCUAGAAAGGCAGCUGAUGAUGUAACUUCUCAGACAGGGAUUAAGAGAUUUGUAGCAGGGUCCAUGGGUCCCACCAAUAAGACCCUCUCUGUGUCCCCUUCUGUGGAAAGACCGGAUUACAGAAACAUCACCUUUGAUGAACUAGUUGAAGCUUACCAAGAGCAGGCCAGAGGACUUCUAGAUGGUGGAGUUGACAUCUUAUUGGUAGAAACUAUUUUUGAUACUGCGAAUGCUAAGGCAGCCUUGUUUGCACUCCAGAAACUCUUUGAAGAGGAAUAUGAUCGGCGGCCUAUCUUUGUUUCAGGUACUAUUGUGGAUAAGAGUGGGCGAACUCUUUCUGGACAAACAGGAGAGGCAUUUGUCAUCAGCGUUUCCCAUGCAGAACCACUAUGCCUUGGAUUAAACUGUGCUUUAGGAGCCCUGGAAAUGAGACCUUUCAUUGAAACAAUUGGCAAGUGUACAACAGCAUAUGUCCUCUGUUAUCCCAAUGCAGGUCUUCCCAAUACCUUUGGCGAGUAUGAUGAAACACCUGAAAUGACUGCAAUGCAUAUAAAGAACUUUGCAUUGGAUGGUUUGGUCAAUGUUGUAGGUGGUUGUUGUGGUACCACGCCGGAUCAUAUCAGGGAAAUUGCAGAAGCUGUGAAAAAUUGUAAACCUAGAGUUCCCCCUGCAUCUAUUUUUGAUGGAUAUAUGUUGCUGUCAGGACUAGAGCCUUUCAGGAUUGGACCAUACACCAACUUUGUUAACAUUGGUGAACGCUGUAAUGUUGCGGGAUCGAAGAAGUUUGCUAAACUCAUCAUGGCAGGAAACUAUGAAGAAGCUUUGAGUGUGGCUAAAACCCAAGUGGAGAUGGGAGCUCAGAUUCUGGAUAUUAACAUGGAUGACGGGAUGUUGGAUGGCCCCAGCGCGAUGACCAGAUUUUGUAACUUCAUUGCUUCUGAACCUGAUAUUGCUAAGGUACCAUUAUGUAUUGACUCUUCUAAUUUUGCUGUGAUAGAGGCUGGCUUGAAAUGCUGCCAGGGGAAGUGUAUUGUCAACAGCAUUAGUCUGAAGGAAGGCGAGGAUGACUUUCUGGCGAAGGCAAAGAAGAUCAAGAUGUAUGGGGCUGCUGUGGUGGUCAUGGCAUUUGAUGAAGUGGGUCAAGCUACAGAAACCAGCAAUAAAAUUGAAAUAUGUACACGUGCCUACCAUCUUCUUGUUAAAAAAGUGAGGUUUAACCCCAAUGACAUCAUCUUUGACCCCAAUAUCCUUACUAUUGGGACAGGAAUGGAAGAGCAUAAUUUGUAUGCUGUUAACUUUAUCAAUGCAACUAAAACUAUCAAGGAAACAUUACCUGGAGCCAAAAUAAGUGGAGGCCUUUCCAACCUGUCCUUCUCCUUCAGAGGAAUGGAAGCUAUUCGAGAAGCCAUGCAUGGGGUUUUUCUUUACCAUGCAAUAAAGUUUGGAAUGGACAUGGGAAUAGUGAAUGCAGGAAACCUCCCGGUGUAUGAUGACAUCCACAAAGAACUCCUCCAGCUUUGUGAAGAUCUGAUUUGGAAUAAGGACCCAGAUGCAACAGAGAAGCUGUUACGCUAUGCCCAGACUCAGGCCAAAGGAGGAAAGAAAACUAUUCAGACAGAUGAAUGGCGGAAUGGCCCUAUCGAGGAAAGACUGGAGUAUGCCCUAGUUAAGGGCAUUGAAAAAUAUAUUGUAGAGGACACUGAGGAAGCAAGAAUGAACAAGGAAAAAUAUCCCCGACCACUGAACAUAAUCGAAGGGCCUUUGAUGAAUGGCAUGAAAGUAGUUGGGGAUCUCUUUGGUGCUGGAAAGAUGUUUCUUCCACAGGUAAUAAAGUCAGCCCGUGUCAUGAAGAAGGCAGUUGGCUAUCUUAUUCCUUUCAUGGAAAAAGAAAGAGCGGAAAAAAGGGCUCUUACUGGAAAUGUGGAAGAAGAGGACCCUUAUCAAGGCACCAUUGUGUUGGCGACUGUCAAGGGUGAUGUGCAUGACAUAGGCAAGAACAUUGUAGGUGUAGUCCUGGGCUGUAAUAAUUUCAGGGUUAUUGAUUUAGGAGUCAUGACUCCCUGUGAUAAAAUAUUGAGAGCCGCUAUUGACAACAAAGCAGAUAUAAUUGGCCUGUCAGGACUCAUCACUCCCUCUCUGGAUGAAAUGAUUUUUGUUGCCAAGGAAAUGGAGAGAUUAGAUAUAAAGAUUCCUUUGUUGAUUGGAGGAGCAACCACUUCCAGAACCCAUACAGCAGUUAAAAUAGCACCAAGAUAUAGUGCUCCUGUAAUACAUGUCCUGGAUGCAUCCAAAAGUGUGGUGGUGUGCUCGCAGCUAUUGGAUGAAAAUCUAAAGGAAGACUUCUUUGAGGAAAUCAUUGAAGAGUAUGAAGACAUUAGGCAGGACCAUUAUGAAUCUCUCAAGGAAAGAAGAUAUUUAACUUUAGAUCAAGCCCGGAAAAAAGGAUUCCAUAUAGACUGGCUCUCAGAAUCAGCUCCAGUGAAGCCCAGGUUUAUUGGGACUCAGGUAUUUGAAGACUAUGACUUGCAGAGGCUGGCCGACUAUAUUGACUGGAAACCUUUCUUCGAUGUCUGGCAACUCAGGGGCCGAUACCCCAAUCGAGGCUUUCCCAAGAUCUUUAAUGACAAAACAGUGGGGGAAGAAGCCAAAAAAUUGUAUGAUGAUGCCCAAAAUAUGUUGAAGGUACUGAUUAGUGAAAAGAAACUACAAGCCAGGGGUUUGGUUGGAUUCUGGCCAGCACAGAGUGUCCAGGAUGAUAUUCAUUUGUAUGCAGAAGAUGCUGUACCACAAUCUGCAGAGCCAAUAGCUACAUUUUAUGGCUUAAGACAACAGGCAGAAAAGGACUCUGCAAGCACAGACCCUUAUUAUUGCCUGUCUGACUUUAUUGCUCCUUUGGAAUCUGGAGUCCGUGACUACUUGGGCUUCUUUGCUGUGGCCUGCUUUGGAGUAGAUGAACUGAGCAAGAGCUAUGAGGAGCAAUGUGACAUCUACAGCAGCAUCAUGGUUAAAGCUCUGGGAGACCGGUUGGCAGAGGCUUUUGCAGAAGAACUUCAUGAAAGGGUUCGCAAAGAAUUGUGGGCUUACAGUGACAGUGAGCAGCUAGAUGUUGCUGACCUGCGGAGAAUCCGGUAUGGGGGCAUCCGCCCUGCUCCUGGCUAUCCCAGCCAACCUGACCACACUGAGAAGCUCACAAUGUGGAAACUCGGCCACAUUGAAGAAACUACAGGAAUCAGACUUACAGAAUCAUUAGCAAUGGCGCCAGCUUCAUCCGUUUCUGGUCUCUACUUUGCCAAUCUGAAGUCCAAAUAUUUUUCUGUUGGUAAAAUUUCCAAGGACCAGAUUGAAGAUUAUGCUUUGAGGAAAAACAUGUCUGUGGAUGAAGUUGAGAGAUGGCUGGGACCCAUUUUGGGAUAUGAUGCAGACUAACUCUCCUAUCUUCUUUCUCCCACCUAAAGAUAACUUCAGAAAAUAGACUCCUGAGUGCCUUUAAAAACACCACAAUUAGUUAUUAUCAAAUGCAUUGGCCUUCUUAAGGUUUGGGAAGACCGGGGGAAAACCCCAUUUAAUGGUGCAAGAGAUGCAAAAGUCAUCAUGUAUUUAUUUAUUUAUGGGGCACUGAAAGUGAGCUGCUCCUUUUUUUUUUUUUUUUUUUUUUUUCUUUUUUUAAAUAAGCAAAACUACAGAGAUAACCAGCUGUAGUCAUACAUAUCAGAGACUAUGCAAGAUGUUGCAAGAUGUUAACUGAUUGCUUUUAUUUUGUAUUUUUGUGAAUGUUGGGCAUGUGCUAAGAGUUAGUAAAUAAAAUAGAAAGUGAGGUAUUUUUCGGUAGGUAGCUAAAGUACUUGGUUGGCUUCUCAAAAAUUUUGUUUACCUCAUACUUAGAAUAGCAUUUUUACAGAUAAUUUAUCUGGACUUUUUUUUUUUUUUUUUUUAAACUCAAGAGUUCUAGUUUAGUUCAAUCUUGAAUUAGGAAGACUUGGGUUAGAAUUCCACCUCCAAGAUAUACUGUGUAAGUGUUGUGGUUUACCUUUAUCUUAUAGAGUCUUAAUUUCCUAAACAACGGGGAUAAUAAUAUCCACAGGACCUACCUCCCAAGAUGAUUGUGAUACUCCAUUGAAGAAGUAUAGGCAAUGUACCUUGCAUAAGUUGGUAAUUAUUAAUAGAAAUGUGAACUUAAGCCCAAAUGGCAUUAUGAGAAAUGAGACAUUAAGAACAGAGAUAGUUUGCCUUUUUUUCUUUUUUUUUAAUCUUUAUCUCCUUGGUGUUAAAUAUUUGGUGAAUUAGAUUGAACCUGACAGUUAAAUAUCGCAUGGAAGAAAGUGGGCUGCUCUCCCUCCACAAAACUUCAUUUUUAAAGAUAAUUGAGUAUAUUUAUGUCAGAAUGAGCAUUACAAGUACAUGCCAGCAAGAAUCUCACUUGAGUGGAGGCAGACCCAUGGUAACUCAGGGUUAGAGAAAAUAAAAUCAUCUCAGAGGCAAUAUCACUGGAAGUAUUUUAAUUUUAUCUUGCCUAUUUAUCAUUCUGUCUCCACUCUCCUAACUCCCCUCAAAGGUAUCAAGAUUUCUGUGCCAGGAAACGAAUGCUAAGUAAUAUUGUCCCUUUUCAAAAAUGUUUUAGGUCUGCGGCUAAAUAGUGGGCUUUCUCUCCCAACUCCAGCCUCACGCUCUUAAUGAAAACUUUGUUCAACCACCCUUACACACAUUGAAUUCUCCCUUAUUAGAACUCUGAUAAUCACAAUCUCUGUUGUACACAUAUGGUUCAAUUUUUAUUGUUAAAAUAUUUUAUAUGCAUGUCAAACUUGCACAAUUAAACUAUUAGCUUCUUAAGGAUAGGGACAAUGUAUUAUUCUACAGUAUAUCCCUCAUAGCAUGUAAAACAGUACGUGGCAGAUAGGAGAUUCCAUUUGAGAACCAGUAAUCUAGGUUAUGAGAGAAAUAUAUUUCUGGUAGAUAGAGAGCUGACUUAAGCUUCAGAAAAUCUGCCUCUGAAAAAGAUUAGUUGUGUUACCUCAUUCAUUGUUCACUGGCCCUAGCUCCUGGAAAUUCUCAUAAUACUGUAAAUUGCAGAACAGUAGCUAAUCUGCAUUAGGGGUAGUUUCUUCCCUGGACAUUACCUGCAGUGAUAAAUGUGCAGGUCUGGACCAAAAAAAAGCUUUUUGAAAGAAGAGAUAGGGAAAAGGGAAAGAGAACAAGUAUUUGUUAAGUGUCUGUUCUCCAGGUACUAUUCUUUACAGAUGCUUUACAGAUGUUCUUUGAUGAGGUAAGAUUCCCAGAUCCUUCGGCUUGUAGAUCACAAAACAGUGACUAGAGGAAAAGUAGCUUUUACUGUAUCUUGCCAGCUUUGCCAUCCAUUUAUUAUGUAAGCCCAGAGAUCACAUUUUAAGAGUUGUUCUCUCAAAGCAUUUAGGUCAAUUGUUGUACUAUGUAUUGUGUGUGUGUGUGUGUGUGUGUGUGUGUGUGUGUGUGUGUGUGUGUGUGAAAUGAGAAAAAUAUCCUUAUGUGCUUUUAAAAAAAAAACGAUUUUUUAAAAAAAGUGGAUUCCUCAUGCAGAGAUGUUUAAUGUGUAUGUGUUAUGUGUGUGUGUGUGUUCUGCUUCAUAUAUCCUGCAAAGCAUUUAAUGAGCUCUCUAGCAUUUAUAUAUUUUUUAAAAAUCUGACAUGAGAGAAAAGAAUUUUUAAAUAUGUUACAUCUGAAUGAAAUUAACAGCAGUCUAUUUUUACCAUUAAAUGUCUUUUAUCAUCUUUUCUGCCCUCUUGUAGAUGGAAUUAAAUCUUUGAAUCUAUUGUCAAGAGAACUGUAUGUCAAUUGUCAUCUUUUCUAGGGGGAAAAAUCGUGUGUGCAUAUGAAAGGUUGAAAUAUAAAAUAAAAUUUGAAAAUACCCAUCUUGCUUCAUUCUCAUAUGUCAAGCAGAUGGUGUUAGGAAAGAACUUGGGAGAAAUGCCUGCAUCCUGCAGGCAGAUGUUCUACAUUUAAGAUUCCUAUCUAUCUGUAUCUUUACCUGAGGGGUGUCUGGCAGGCCUCCCUUUCCUCUCCUAUUACUUAAUCAUUUUAAAUAAAGCUGAAGGUGUUUUCUCCCUCCUGACUAUCAUAGAAAUGUGCAUUCCAGAGCAUCCCCAUUCAGCUAUUAG